AUGGCGUCGACGCCGACCUCCGUCGGACGACUGCGAAGAGGCCAUCGACGAUGCCGCGCUAACAGAAGGCGACUACAACUGCUUUAUCAGAUGGCUCCUAGUGUAUUCUUGUUCGAUCCUGCUGGACAAGAAGGCCUGAGUGGCGACAACUCAGGCGACGGAAUUGGUCUGCCAUCGUGGAAGUUUAGGAUCGACGCCGACUUGCUUGACGGUAGAGAGCUGUACAGGAAACAUUCAACGGUUUAUUUCCAAGCUAUAUCAGAGACUUUAAUUCAUGUCUUUUAUUUGCAUCGAAGAAAACUCAACCGAGGAUGA